UGCGGAGUUCGCGGCUGUGGAGCACUUCCGAACAAGCCCUAGAGCCAGAAGAGUAAUUUCAUAUUUGCAUCCCGCUCCGCUUCAUUCCCGGUUUCGCACAUCGAUCCUCGUUCCUUGCCUCGUCCCCUCUCCGUCUCUCUCUCUCACAUCUUCCUUCUUCCCGACUCCCGACCGCAUCACCGCACGCUGCGCGCCCGCUACAUCCGGCGGCGCUCUCGCGUUGGCCGACGAUGGGAGCGAUAACCUCGGCGGAGCUCAACUUCCUCGUCUUCCGCUACCUACAGGAGUCCGGUUUUGUUCAUGCUGCAUUUACUUUAGGGUAUGAAGCAGGGAUACAUAAAGGUGGGAUAGAUGGAAAUGUUGUCCCUCCUGGCGCUCUUAUCACUAUCGUGCAGAAAGGCCUCCAGUACAUAGAAUUAGAAGCAAAUACUGAUGAAAAUGAUCAAGAAGUUGAGAAGGAUUUUGCUCUUCUGGAACCUCUUGAAAUCAUCACAAAAGAUGUUGAAGAGUUGCAACAGAUUGUGAAGAAGAGAAAAAGGGAGAGGCUUCAAAUUGAUUGUGACAAGGACAAGGGGAAAGCGAAAGAGUGCAUUGAGGAGCAUGAACACCGUCUUGGUGGUGAACGGGAGAGAGAGCGCCAUGACAAAGAAAAAGACCAAGAGAUGGAAAGAGAUAGAACUGAAAGAGACAAGGUGCAAGAGAAAGAGAAGGAAAGGGAAAAACAACACACAGAGCAUAUUGAUAAGGUUAAGCAUGAAGAGGAUCCCCUUGCCAGUGGAGGUCCUAAACCAAUGGAUGUAAGUACAACUCCUCAUGAAAUUUUUAGUGCGGAUGUAACCGUUUUGGAAGGACACAGUUCAGAGGUUUUUGCUUGUGCAUGGAGUCCAGCUGGUUCUCUUCUAGCUUCUGGGUCAGGAGACUCAACUGCUAGAAUUUGGACAAUUCCUGAUGGUCCAUGUGGUUCCAUUCAAUCCUCUCCUGCAAGUGGUCAUGUUUUGAAACAUUUUAAGGGUAGGACCAACGAGAAGAGCAAGGAUGUCACCACACUUGACUGGAAUGGGGAAGGAACACUAUUAGCCACGGGCUCCUAUGAUGGCCAAGCAAGAAUAUGGAGUAGGGACGGAGAGUUAAAGCAGACUUUAUUCAAACACAAGGGACCUAUAUUUUCUUUAAAAUGGAAUAGGAAAGGUGAUUUUCUUCUAAGUGGCAGCGUAGACAAAACUGCUAUUGUCUGGGAUACAAAGACAUGGGAGUGCAAGCAGCAAUUUGAAUUUCAUUCAGCUCCAACACUAGAUGUUGAUUGGCGAAACAACAACUCUUUUGCAACAUGCUCAACUGAUAACAUGAUCUAUGUUUGCAAGAUUGGGGAUCCACGCCCAGUUAAAACAUUCAGUGGCCAUCAAAGUGAAGUUAAUGCUAUCAAGUGGGAUCCAACUGGUUCUUUGUUGGCUUCUUGUUCUGAUGAUUGGACUGCAAAGAUAUGGAGUGUGAAGCAGGACAAAUGUGUAUAUGAUUUUAAAGAGCAUACCAAGGAAAUAUACACUAUUAGAUGGAGCCCCACAGGUCCAGGAACAAAUAAUCCCAAUCAACAGCUGCUUUUGGCAAGCGCAUCGUUUGAUUCAUCUAUCAAGCUAUGGGAAGUUGAGAAAGGACACCUUCUGUACAGCUUGGCUGGCCAUAGGCAGCCAGUUUAUUCUGUGGCCUUUAGCCCUGAUGGUGAGUACCUGGCUAGUGGGUCGCUGGAUCAAAGCCUACAUAUAUGGUCCGUCAAAGAAGGCAGGAUCCUGAAGACCUUCAGAGGGAGCGGUGGCAUUUUUGAAGUGUGCUGGAACAAAGAAGGCAGCAAGAUAGCAGCUUGCUUCUCCAACAAUACUGUCUGCGUCAUGGAUUUCAGGAUGUAGUUUCACCAGAAGAUGUACAUGUAUCAAGCUACAAGGCUAGAAUAUAUGUUCUUCCCAUUGGUGGGAAAUUGUUAGUCUACUCUAGGUUUUGGAUUUAGCUUCCCAGCUGUACAGUAGGACCUGACCGUAGUACCUUGUAGGGCACAAGCCUCACAAAAGAGCAUGUAUGGCGCGUUGACAUGAUGAUGUUACUGUAUUGGUGUUGUAGUAUGGAGAUAUUGUGGUGCAAUCAAAUCAUUUGACUUAGGUGAUAUAGAUUAAGAUGGCUACAAGUUUAUUGGAACAUAUGGAUAUUAAUGAUAAUGUCUUGUUAGGAUGUA